AUGACAAAUCACAGCCUCACUGACCAGGAAGAUAAAAGUAUUGCCCGACUUGAAGCGUGCAUUUCCAAAAUGGGGCAAUACCAAGCCCAUAUGAAAAAACUGGAAGAGCGCAACGAGCUCCUUGCUGCCCAAAAUGCUCAGUUCAAAGAAGAAAACUUCAAACUCAAAGCAAAGCACGCACUAUCUCGUCUUCCGUCGACAGAUGAGAACAAUAACAAAACUUAUACUGCUUUUUCUACUGUAUCCCUGCCUUCUUUUCCUCAACAAAACUCAUGUCCAUCACCUAAUGAAGCUGUUAUUUAA